GGAGGAGGAGAAGGAGGAGCCAAGAUGGCGGCGAUGGCGGCGCUGGGCCGGAGGCUGCGGGCGCUGGGCCGGGGGGUCAGGGGGGUGCAGACAUUUUUUGGAUUUUUUGGGGUCCCCACAGACCCCUCCCGCUACGAGGAGUCCACCGAGUUCGGGUUCGUGCAGCGCCUGCUGCCCCGCCGCAUCCCCGACCCCCCCCCGCACCCCAAAUACCCCACCCCGUCCGGAUGGAGCCCCCCCAAAGGUCCCCCCCCCGAGCUGCCCUACUUGGUGCGCCGUUCCCGCCUGCACAACCUGCCCGUGUACGAGGGGCAGCGCCAGGGCCGGCGCCUGACGGAGCUGCGCCGCAUCCACGGCGACAUCUGGGCGCUGCAGCGGGACCUGGGGGCGUUCCUGGGGUCCCUGGGCGUCCCCGAGGUGGCGGCGCAGGUGAACGAGGUGACGGGGACGCUGCGGCUGCGGGGGCACUGGGGGGAUCAGGUGAGGCAAUGGCUGCUCCAGAGGGCUUCUAGGGAGCCCCAAACUGCUGGGGACCCCCAAAAUCUGCCCCAGGACCCCCAAAGAUUUGGGGGAGUCAAAGAUCUGCAAGGGGACCCCGAAGUCUGCGAGGGAUCGGCUGUGGGAACACCUGGAGCUGCUUGA